ACUGCGUUUUCCCGCGAUCAUCACAAACCUUCUCCAUCAAGGACGUUACGAAAUCUACCAACCCAUCCAAUCUUAACCACACAUUAUAAUGGGCAAGCGCAAGAGCUCAAGCAAGCCGCAGGGGCCCAAGAAGCGUGACCCGCUCCCAACCACAUUUACCUGCCUUUUCUGCAACCAUGAGAAGUCAGUCGAAGUCAAGCUCGACAAGAAAGCGGGCUGCGGCCACCUCCAGUGCAAAAUCUGCGGACAGAGGUUCCAGUGCGGAAUCAACUAUCUCUCCUCUCCGAUAGACGUCUACAGCGAGUGGGUCGACGCAGCAGAUGCUGUCGCUGCCGAAGCUCGCGAGAAUGAAAAGUUCCGAGAGGCGAAUCCGGGGGCUAAACGCGCGGGCGAGUCAAGCCAGAGGAUAGACGAUCGGGAAAUUGAGGACGGUUAUGAGGGAGAUGGUAUCGUACCGGAUGAUGAAGAUGACUACGAGUAAUGCGCGCACUGUCUACGGGUGUAUUUGCAUGGACAUGGAUUGGUGAUCAUCGCGGGCGAUAUCAGCUUUACAUCAAUGUUGGCUUCGGUGGGAGGUUGCAUUAUCGACCAGGAUCUGUAAUACUACGAUGUUUCUUGUGUUGACGCUACGUGGUGCGCUAAAAAGGGUGAUUCACAUGGUAUAGUACCUGUCGCCAAAGUCACCAAGGCCGGGUAUAAUGUAGCUGGGGGGUUGGUGAGCCUGGCAUUCGUGAUCGAGGGCAGAAAAAC